CGAGAGCCUCGGCGCGCGUUCCUCUGCACGUCCUCGUUCGAAAGCGGCGGCAAAUGGCGCUCGACGACGGGAGAAGGGGGUGUGUUGCUUUGCUGGCGUCGUUUCAGGCGACUCCGGUGGACACCUAAAGCAGGACUCUUUCGCGAGGCACUCUUUCGCCCCCCCCCCUUCUCGCUCAGCAUGUGAAGCUGGUAACUCUCUCUCUCUCUCUCACACACACACACACACACACACACAUACACACGCGCGCCCGCAACAUUCAUUCUCAACAUGGCGAUGAGGCAACGCGAAGCGCGACGAGUCUCCUCCAGCUGAUGGGAAGAAGAGAGGAAGGCGGACCACCCUGACGGGGCACCGAGCACAUACGCGACAGCCGCGGCUGCACCCGAGCGUGUCGUAGCCGCCGUGCGCGUGAUCAAUGUAGCGCGCGGUGUCGCGCUGUAAAGCCACGCGCGCCGCCGACCCCCGCACCCCCUCCGCAGCAAGAAAAAAAAAAAAAGAAAAAAAACCAAAGGGCUGUACAUGGCGGUGAACGCUCUCUGGCUCCUCGCUCUACUUUCGCUGGGGUUCUCCUCUCUGUCCGCUCAAGAGAAGCCAGUGUCAGUGGAGCUCAGCUGCGGGGCAGGGCCUGUCCACGUGGUUCUGGAGCCAGGACAGCCCCUUUUGUUGGACUGCCACUUGGGGGCGACCGACACACCUCUCAACAUCACUUGGCUACAGAAUGGGAUCUCUGUGGUGGAUGGCGAGGCCACGCAGACUCUCCCCAACGGCUCCUUGGCGGUGCUGGCCCCCUCCAGAGAAGGCCGGGAAGGGAAGGUGCCCCCUGCAGUGGAGGGCGGCUACAGCUGCAUCUCAGUGAGCCCACUGGGCGCUCUGGCCAGUCGCUCCCUGACUCUGCACCUAGCCAGCUUGUCCCGCUUCCUCCUGCACCCAGAGCCCCAGGUGGUACCCAUGGGGGGAGCUGCACGCUUCGAGUGCCAGGUGGAUGGCCUGCCAACACCCAGCAUUGCCUGGGAGAAGGACCAGGUGCCAGUGCCCGCCCAACCCAGGUUCAUCUCCCUUCCCAGUGGUGUGCUGCAAAUUUUGCGGGUGCAGGAAGAAGAUGCGGGCAGCUACCGCUGCGUGGCCACCAACGCCGCACGCAAACGCUUCAGCCAGGAGGCCACACUUACCGUCGCUGCAGGGCCUCCCGCCGCUGCCGGGGAUGUGGUGAUUGAGGCACCCCCACGGAACACCACGGUGGUAUCGGGGCGUCCCACAGUGAUGGAAUGCAUGGCCCAGGGACAUCCUAAACCGCUGGUGUCCUGGAGUAGACAGGAUGGGAAACCCAUUGCUACUGAUGCAGUUGUCCUGGAAACCAACCUGCUGAUCCCAGACACGCGGAGCCACCACGCUGGCGUGUACGUGUGCCGCGCCAACAAGCCAAGGACCCGGGAUUUUGUCGUAGCCGUCGCAGAGCUGCGCGUGCUGUCUCCACCUGUAAUCCUGCAGCCCCCUGAGACGGUGUCCCUGUCCCGCGGCAACACUGCCCGCUUUGUGUGCAACAGCUCCGGGGAGCCGGCGCCGACACUGCACUGGCUGCGGAAUGGCGAGCCCGUGCGGCCCAACGGCCGUGUCAAGACCCAGAGCCCCGGGGUCCUGCUCAUCAACCAGCUGGGAGCGGCUGAUGCUGGCUACUACCAGUGCAUUGCCACAAACAGCCUGGGCACGGCCUGCGCCACCGCCAGGCUGUCCGUCAUUGUGAGAGAGGGGCUUCCCAGCCCUCCCAGGUUGCUGUCGGCCCUGCCGCACUCCAGCAGUUCUGUGCUGCUGAGCUGGGAGAGGCCAGAGCACAACAGCGAACACAUCAUUGGCUUCUCCGUGCACUACCAGCAGGCUGGCUCUGGCAUUGUGGAGUACCAGUUUGCUGUACACAAUGACACGACUGAGUAUCUGGUGAAGGAGCUUCUUCCUCACACAGCUUACACCUUCUAUGUGGUGGCGUACUCCCCCAUGGGGGCCAGCCGCCCUUCGCAGUCCAUCACUGUGGCGAUGCCGGAGGAUGUGCCCAUUGCACCCCCGCAGCUUUCCCUGCUCAGUACCUCCCCCACCGACAUCCACGUCAUGUGGCUGCCCCUAUCCCCUGAGCACAGCCGCGGGGCCAUCACCCGCUACCGCAUAGAUUACAGCACCCUGGACGAAGCAGACCAUGUGUCCUCGGUGGAGGUGGGUGGGAACGACACCCAGGUCACCCUACGGGGGUUGCUGCCCAACCGAGCCUAUCGACUUCGCAUGGCAGCUGGGACCAGUGCUGGCUUCGGGACCCCCUCAGAAUGGACGCUACACCAUACCCCGGACCACCUCAACCAGACCAGCGUGCUCUAUGCCCCAACUGAGUUGAAAGUCAGAGCCAAAAUGUACUCCCUCCACGUUACAUGGCAGCCACCACCCAACCACACGCAGGUCUCUGGCUACAAGCUGCAGUAUCGGGAGCUGGAACCAGAGAACGUGGAGGAGCGAGUUGGAACCCAACCGAUCAAACUUAGGAAGAGAAAUAGACAUUAUGAAAUCACUGGCCUAGCCUCUGACCGCAUGUACGAGGUAAAGGUGUGGGCGUACAACAAGCAGACCGAUGGCUACGCAGCCGUGUGGAAGGGGAGAACAGAGAGAAUGCCUUCCACUGGAGCUCCAGCCCAACGCUUCCUGCCCCCAUUGCCUCCCAGUAGCCUGCAGGCCUCAGCCAACAGCUCCACAUCCAUCUGGCUGCGUUGGGAGAAACCACGCUUCAGCACGGUGCAGAUCAUCAGCUACACAGUGCGCUGCAGUCCAGCUGGCCUGCGCAACGCCUCACUCGUCUCCUACUACACCAGCUCUGCUCAAGAGAUCCUGUUGGGAGCGUUGAAGCCGUUCACGCGCUAUGCCCUUGCGGUGCAGUCCAAUGGGCUGGAGGUGGAUGGCCCGUUCAGUAAUACGGUUGAGGAGUCCACACUCUCUGACAGACCUUCCACACCUCCUACAGACCUUCAGCUCAGUGCUCUAGACCCCAACUCGGUGCUGGUCAGCUGGCGCCCACCCCUGGAGCCCAACGGCAUCAUUGUGGAAUAUAGGAUCCUGUAUAGUGGGAACAGUAGCCAGCCAGAUCACCAGUGGAACUCGGCGUCACGUGACGGGAGUGUUACCAGUACAGAAGUACAAGGCUUAAUGAGUGCCACACGCUACUUCUUUAAGAUGGGGGCAUGCACCUUGGUGGGUCCAGGACCCCUUUCCCCAGUAAAGGACAUUCAGACACCACCGGAAAGAUACGAGCUGGACAUUCCCUCCGUGACGGGCAUCAUUGUUGGUGUAUGCCUGGGCCUUCUCUGCAUCCUGCUGUGCAUCUGCGUGAGCUUCCGCAGCACCAAGAGCAGGGAGGGGUCAGGGGGACUGGAUUCCUCUGUCCUCCCCUCUCAGUCUCAGUACCGCCGCAGUCGGCCUAGUCCUGCGGCGAUGCCGGAGUGCCGAGAUUGCCACGAGCUGGAAACGCUGAUGCCACCUGGAACCAAGGAUUCAGCUGUGACCAUGACGGAGGUCACUGAGCAGCACAGGCUCAUGGGACCCAACGCCACCGAUGACAGCUUGGACCUGGAGCCCAAAAUGAGCGAGCCCGCUUGGAACGGGUCGGUCAGCCGCAACUGGGCCAGCCGAAUCACCAGGUACCGAGACGCAAUCACAGAGGACUCCCCAGUUCUCAGCAACGGGUCCCUGAGUCCUGGGACCAGGCGGACCCCUGACGGGCUCUUGGAGGCCUCCUGCACAGAACCUGGCAAGGGUCACCCGGGAGAGAUGCUGUACUCCUCGGCCAGCAGGAACCGGGUGGAGGCGGAGGUGAUCGUUCACUCAGAGCUGUCAGACCCAGAGUGCGAGCAGGACACCAGCAGUGAGGUAGCGAGCUCUCUCGGUUCUUUGAGCCCCUCUCUGAAGGAUGUGGCUCCUGCCCCAGAGCCGGUUGGUCCCUGGGAUCCGGAAUCCCAGCCACAGGAAGAAGGGUCUCCUCAACCCUUUCCUAAACUUGCUGCUGAGCUGCAGACCGAUCACACUGGACAACAGGAAGGUGGAGGAAACGGGAGCAGCCCUACCACGAGCCCCGGGGUGGAGCUCACCAAUGGCUUCCAUUCACCUGAGCACCUGGAGAACGGCAACCCCCUCCAACCUGAGAACAGACACUUCCUGUCUGGGAAGGGCCUCCCCCCUCCGCUCGCCUCCUCCCCAUCCCCUUUCAACUCUGCGCUGCACAGCUACGUGUGCCCCUAGUCCUGGCUCCGGGAGUGGGGAAAAAGAACCGAACUAGAAAAACCGCGCCGAGCCUCUGAGGCGAAUGAAGUACAGUACGCCUUCACACACCACGGCAAUACACAGGAAGCUGAGCUGAAGAAUGUGGACUGGUGUCGUGCGUUCAAAGGCCGACCGGAGUGCGCCUUGCAGCGUUUGUCGCACUACGCAGCACCUACAAGGUUUUGUGAUGAAAUGUGGGAGCCCAGGCGCAGGAAACCCGAUUGUGAGCACAUGAAGAACCCUCACAUGGUAAACUGGUGAACAGGGGGAUAGUGCCACUCUUAUUUUGUGCAACGACAGAGCAAAUAUAACUUAAACCCCCCGCCCCCCCGUGAAGCAGGCCUGUGUUUACCCACUCUGAGAGUGCUGACUGCCUGUCUCUCUCCCCCAUUCUCCUGAUGUCUCAGGGUAUAUACACACACACACGUACAAAUUCACAAGCACAUGGACCACGCAAUGUGCAAUCUACACACACACACACACACCGCGCAUUUCGACUUGCAGGCUCCCUGAGUGGAGUUUGGGGGUCUUGGGUGCCUAACAUUUUAGGUGCAUUUGUAUCGUCUGUGUAUUUAUAUUGAAAGUAUGUAUAGACUACACAUAGCAGGAAUUAUGUGAAGAUGAAGCAGAAAGGAGGAGGCUUGCAGGUUCAACUUGCAGGUUCAACUUGCAUGACCUGUAUCGACUGGAUAGGACUCUGAAGGUGGGAAGAUGAGAUGAAUAUUUUACAGCAGCAAAGUCUCUUGAUGUGACUCCCAGUUAAGACCUACCUCAUUUCUGUACAGGAUUUUUUUUUUUUUUUUCUCCCCCCCCUCUCUUUUCCUCUGUAUGACUUUGCCAGUGUUGUUCAGGGGUUCCUUUUAAACACGGGGUUUAUUUGUGUGACUCUCAGCCUUCAUUUCAAGCGGUUUGAAUUCUGCCUUUGUUUCCCUCCUUUGGAAUCCAUGGAAAAGUUGCUGGAUGUGACACUUCCGGUGUUAUUGCUGGGAACAGCUGUUUCCAGCGCAGUUUUUCCCAUUGCUUGUGGUGCAUCGCUAAUUCCAACCGUUCUGCUCUGUCCAGUUCAC